UUUGCUGGCGCAGCGUGCUGCGCAUGAAAAUUGAAAAGGCACCUUCAAGCUUCUCUCUGAUCAAAGGGCGCCAAGGGCGGCGCCGAGCAGUCUAUUAUUUUUUAAGUUUAUGGCCAUAAUAGAGAUCGAGUAGGAGCAGGACAAAGCAGGACAGGAGCAGGAGUGCGCGAGAGGAUGCUCCGCGAGUAAGUGACACCAAGUGACACCCAGUGCAGAGUACAGGCAGGUUAUUCCGCCAGAGUGAGAUCCAUUGGUAAACAUGCAGCCGCGGCAUUACCAUCGUGAGUGACCGUCGUGAUUACGCCCGAUUAUAAUGGCAGAGAACCUGUCGAAACGGCCUUCCAAAGGAAUCCUCAAGACGUCUAGCAGUUUUGACAAUCCGGAGGCGCCUAGACCGAGCAAAGAAACAACAUGGGACGAAAUGAAUAUUAUUGCUACUCUUCAUCCUGCUGAUAAAGACUAUGGCCACAUGAAGAUUGAAGAACCAAAAACCCCAUAUAAUUUCGAAGGCCUCCAAAAUGAACAUGAGUUUGAUCAAUUAGAUGCUAGUGCUCUUGCAGCAAAAUUAGCUGGAGGUAGUAAGCCCAAAAUUUUUGAGGAAUCCAGUGAAGAGGAGGAAGACGAAGAAACUCCUGAAGAAAAAGAAAGGAGAAGAGCUUUCGAGGCAAAAAGAAAGGGCCAUUAUCGAGAGUGGCACGCUGUACAAAUGGCGAGAAGACUUUUAGAGCAAGAAGAAUUAGAAGAGGAAGAUGAAGAUGGCGAGGGUAAGAAUAAUGAGGAAAAUUCAUCAGAGGAAGAAAGCAAUUUCGACACGCGUUUUAAAUGCAUGCCGUCCUGUGAUAGAACCGAAAAGAAAUAAACAAAAAACAUCGAUUGAUAAUUUUCUUAAAUCGUCGAUCACAGUCAUAAUUUCGCGACAAUGUUGACUUCAUUGUUUAAUGCUAUCGCAACUAAAAUAUAUCAAGCAGCAAAGAAAGUGUUUACAUCGGUUACAUUAAAAUGCCCAAGCUAAAUUUCGCAU